AUGGCCACAACGACUGCGCGUUUGGCCGUUGGCGUUUUGCUAUCGGUGUUGGAUAUUUCGGUCUCCGUUUUAUCGACUUGUCUUCACAGUGGUCCUCUCGCUUUUGACACACUAAUUGAUCAGAUAGCUCACUAUAACCCAUUCACAUCAUCGGCCGACUUUUUGAUUCUCACCCUAUUCCGCACAUUUUUCUUCUACAUCCCGUCUUGUUUAGCCUACGGUGGAAGAAACUCCGGCCUCUCAACAUGGCACUCUGUGGUCAGCUCGGCGUGUAUUCUCAUGUACGCAGCUUCUCCAACGAAACUUUUACUUUUGAGUGAACCGUUGAAAGAAGGUGAAGCCCUGUCAUUCGGAGACAUUCUCGCUAUCGUUUGGUCAUUCGUCGGCACUUUCAUUCUUGAUGUCGCAUGGAGGGCUUACUUUGCGCACACUCCCUCCUCAUACGUGGUGUUGGAUGAGGAAGAUGAAAACGGCGAACUCCCACCGAAGCAAACUUUUGAGUUGAUUUUGCGCCUUUUGCAGUAUUGUAAACGGGAAUGGCUCUGGCAUUUGUCUGGUUUCACUUUCUUGUUCAUCUACUCAGUUACUCGUAUCUUUAUCCCGUACUACACUGGUCAAGUGAUUGCCACCGUUGUCGAGACAAGCUCAUACGAUAAUCUUCAUCAAGCUGUUUACACGAUGACUAUGAUCACGCUUGUUAGUGGUGUUUGCGCUGGUUUUCGUGGUGGUUCUUUCGAGUACGCGUAUUCUCGAGUGGCUCGAUCGGUUCGUUUCGAUCUUUUCGCGGCACUUGUUCGACAAGAUGUCGCUUUCUAUGAUGCUCACAAAACUGGUGAAAUUGCUUCUCGUCUCGCUUCCGAUUGCCAAACGAUGUCCGACACGGUGGCCAUGAAUGUGAAUGUGUUCUUGAGGAACGUUGUUUGCCUUGUUGGAUCAAUGUUAUUCAUGAUGACGCUUUCUUGGCGUCUCUCGCUGAUCACUUUCAUCCUCGUGCCGAUCAUUUUUGUCGCCUCGAAAAUCUUUGGAACUUAUUAUGAUUAUUUGUCGGAGAAAACGCAAAACGCGGUCGCUCACUCGAAUGAUGUGGCUGAAGAGGUGAUCUCUACAAUGCGCACUGUUCGCUCGUUUGCCUGUGAGGCUUUUGAAGGAGAUCGUUUCUACGCGAAGGUCACCGACACAUUGAAUGUGACAAAAACGAAAGCUUUCGCUUACGUCGGCUUCAUUUGGGUGUCUGAGCUUUUCCAAACAUUUAUCGUUGUUGCUGUUCUCUGGUAUGGUGGACAUCUUGUGCUUGUUGGACGUUUAAAGGCCGAUCUUCUCGUUUCCUUUUUGCUUUACCAAAUGCAAAUGGCUGACAAUUUGAGACAAAUGGGCGAGGUUUGGACGGGUUUAAUGCAAUCGGUUGGAGCGAGUAGAAAGGUCUUCGAGUACAUCGAUCGAGAGCCAACCAUUCAACACCAUGGAAAACUUCAGCCAGCCGUUCUCCGAGGAAAAAUCGAAUUCAAAAAUGUACACUUCGCUUAUCCAACCCGUCCUCAGUUGCCGAUUCUAAGGGAUCUUUCUUUCACAGCCGAGAUUGGUCAAACGGUGGCCUUAGUGGGCCCAUCGGGAAGCGGGAAAUCUUCGUGUAUCGCUCUAUUAGAGAAUUUCUAUCUACCAAACGCUGGACAGAUUUUGAUCGACGGAGUGCCAAUGGACGAGUACGAGCAUCAUUACUAUCACAAAAAGAUUGCUCUCGUCGGUCAAGAGCCCGUACUUUUCGCGCGCUCUGUUUCGGAAAAUAUCGCUUACGGAGUGGAGGUAACCGAACAAGAUGUGGUGACAUCAUCGCAAAUGGCAAACGCCCACGGUUUCAUCGUGCAAACCACCAUGAAAUAUGAGACGAAUGUCGGAGAAAAGGGAUCACAAAUGUCUGGUGGUCAAAAGCAGAGAAUCGCCAUCGCUCGAGCGCUCGUCCGUCAGCCGGCUAUUCUUUUGCUUGACGAGGCCACAUCAGCUUUGGAUACGGAAAGUGAAGCUGUUGUACAAGAAGCUAUCUCGAAAAAUCUUGAGGGAAAAACGGUGAUCAUGAUCGCUCAUCGUCUGUCAACUGUCGAAAAAGCUGAUAAGAUUAUCGUUAUCAAUAAGGGAGUGGUCGAGCAACAGGGAACCCACGAAGAGCUGCUACGACAACCGGGCACCUAUGCAACACUUGUACAACGGCAAAUGUUAGGAGAGCAUAAGGGUACCCAUCCCCGAGCGGUCACCCAGGACAAGAUGCUGGAUGGUGAUGACACGUUAACGCUUUCCGAUGAGGAACACCACGAUAUUCCACCGGCAUCGUCAAACGGAACGUCAUCAAAGGUGAACGAUUUACUGCUCGAAGACGGAGAAGAUGUGAAUCUGCACUCGGAUGCGCCCGCCUCGAAGCUUCGACUUGAUGAAGAGCCAGAUGAGAAGCCGCGAUCAGCCGCCGUUCUUUCAACAUCAAAUCUUGACGUCAGCCACUCGUCUCCGGUAGCGCCACGUGUUGAAGAACACAAGAACUAUGUACUGAAGAUUUCGAUUGAAACUUUCGAGAAGCGUGGUGACGGAAUUAACGCUUAUCUGGUCUACAAAGUGGUCACCGAGUCGAGGAAUAACCCAGGGAUCAGUGAUCGGAUACAUGAGGUGUGGCGCCGCUUCUCCGAUUUUCUCGGUCUGCACGAGAAAUUGGUCGAGAAGUUUUUGCAUAAAGGUGUCGUCGUUCCUUACCCACCCGAGAAGAGCAUAACUGCUAUGACAAAGACAAAAUCUGGUAACUCCGAUCAUGCGAUUAGUAACCCGGUUGGAAUGCAAAGAGCUCGACAGCUUGAACGUUUCCUGCGGCGAAUUGGCCAGCACCAAAAGAUGCGAACCGAUUGCGAUGUGCGCGAUUUUCUCACGAUGGAGGCCGAAUUACCAAAGGCGAGUAACACUGUGGCUUUAUCAUCGGCUGGCGUGAAACGAUUGAUGAAGAGUGUGGGAGAGGCUUUUUCGAAGAUGGCUUUCCAUAUGGAAGAGGGUGAUCGAUGGUUUGAACAAACGCAAUCACACGUCGAAGAAUUAGAAGAAUGCCUUCGCAAAUUGCUAACUCUUGCCGACACUCUUCAGCAUCAGCGAAAGGAACUUUCAUAUGCGAAUGAAAGCAUGUCGAAGACUAUCUCCAUGCUAGCUUCGUGCGAAGAAUCGACAGCUUUGGCUCGAGCUCUUUCACAUCUUACUGAGGCUGAAGAAAGUUGUGCGGCUGCGUUUGGGAGACAAGCCGAAAACGAUCAAGCAAAGCUCACUGAAGCAGUCGGUGAAUAUGUAGCCCUCUUCCAAAGCUUGAAAGAUGUAUUCAAUGAAAGGAUCCGUGUUUGGCAAUCAUGGCAAACUGCUCAGCAGAACUUGGCAAAGAAAAGAGAGCAGAAAUCUCGUUAUGAACUUUCUGGUAAAAUGGAUCGAGCUCAGCAAGCCAAGGAUGAAAUGGAUGAGACCGAGAGGAAAGUCGAUCAACUUGAGGGAGAGUUCGGGGAAAUUUCCCGCUUGAUUCGCGAAGAGAUGGGUCGAUUCGAUGCUCAGCGGCGUGAAGACAUGCGCGAGAUCUUCAUCGGCUUCUUGGAGGCGCUUCUAGUUGAACAACAAGAGUUACUAAAGUUCUGGGAACGUUUCGGGCCGGAGACUCAAUCGAUCAUUCUC